AUGAUUCCAAGUGAUGUCACCACACCUACAGUUUCUGCAAGACCUGCAAUGAGACCACCAAAGCCUUCUCUUCGCCCAGAGCAAGUCAGACAAGUCGAAUUAUCGCAGCUAGAAAGACGUUACCGGUCGUCAUUUAGAACUGUUAGAACAACCGAAGAAUCUACAGUUGUACGACUGGCUAUUGUUCCUAGCGAUCCUGACUUUCCCUUUGAACUCGAGGCGCUUCAACUUCAGCUCGAUAUCCCGGUUGAUUACCCGGCUAAACACUGUUCGGUAAAGGUGAUGAACCCAGAGAUACCUCCUGGAUUUGCUUUUCAUUUGGAACGAGGAUAUGAUGUUUAUGCUAGUAAACGUACGAGCACACUCGUCCGUCAAAUGGACUGGAUGGAUAAGAAUAUGGAAAUCCUUUUACAGGAACCACCGGCUCCUACAGUCAAGUUUGUUUUUAAUAAUAAUGCCUCACAUGAAGAUACCUUGACAAGAUUAUCCAACCUGGAAAUUUCUUCACCAACUCAGACAGAGAAUAAGCCCGAGAAUCCAAAGAAAGUAAAGAAACCAAGAAAGCCAAAGCAGCCAAAACAACCAGACCAACCAAAGAAACCAAAGAAACCUGAACAUCCUGCACAACCACCUGCAAUUGAUGCCCCUCAGAGUACCAACAGUACACCAACCAUCUCAUAUACCCAUGAUCAACUUGAAGAAGCUAGCAAGAAAAGAGAGCAAGAACUAAGACAACUUCAAGCUCGCUUCCGGUCUACUUACAAAGUUUUAGAAUGCGACAAAAACCGUAUAGUGGUAGAGAUCAAGGUACCCUUGACAGAUCCAGAUUUCACUUUUAGUCAGAAAUUCGGAAAUGAAUUACAAGUCGACUACAGUAUACCAAGCUUGUAUCCACUCGAAUCCUGCAGUGUUGAGAUCAAGAAUGAUACAGAGUACAGGCGGGUCAUAAAAGACACUUUUGCUGAUUAUGUGAAGGAUGGAGCACACUCGCUCUUUAGUAAUCUCAAUUGGCUCAACCAGAAACUACCCACCAUUCUGUCUAACCCGGUUCCUGUCUAUCACGCUCAGAAACAACAGGACCAUACUGUUUCUUCUUCUUCGACUGCCUCUACUUGCUCCACUUCUUCGACUUCUCCGGUUGCUGCGGUUACUGCUGGUGUUCAAAUCACCCCUGAUCCUAGUCCUGCGAUGCCUGCUAUUCCGUUUACAGAAAAAGAAAAUCAAAAGAAGAAAAAGAAAAAGACAUCGUUGUUUGAUGAGCAAGAGAAAUCCAACAGAGUAAUUAUCGUAAGUCGUCCUUUGGUCCACCCUGACCCUGACCAUUCCGAUACGACCUCUUUACCUCACCACAAACAUCAUAAACAUCCCAAACCUGAAAGUGAAGAUGAAGGAGAUUCUAGUGAUGACAAUAAUGAUAAUAAAAAUAGAACUAGAACUAGAACUAGAACUAGAACUAGAGAUACUGACAGUGAUAGUAGCUGUAGUAGUAAUAGUAGUGAAGAAGAAGAAGAGAAAAAGGCACCGUUGCCUGUAGCUGGACCGGCUGCCCGUAGAGGUACGGCCAUUCGACUGAUCGAACCUAGAUUGGAAAAUGUGUCACUGUUUUACUGCCUAUCUCUGCACCUGAUUGUCAAGUGUGCAAGGUGCAAGAAUACAGUCGAGAUUGAAAAUCUGAUGCCUGAAAAGGUGUCACUUGGAGGGAGACAGGAAGGAAAAGAACGUUGGAUGACAUGUACAACCUGUUCCUCUAUUAUCGGUGCCAAGUUUAUUGGAGAGUUUAUGCACGAGAAUGCUAGGACUGUGGGAUGCUUACAAUUAGCUGGAUGCACGCCAUUUGAUGUCCUGCCGUCUUCAUUUAUCGGGACCUGUGGAAAAUGCAUGGACGAUAUGCGGUCUCCUGUUCGAAUAGCGCCCAAUGAUCAACCGGCAUCUGUGCACUGUUUUGGGUGUCAUGCCAAGAUGACGAUUUGGCUUGGAGACUUUAAGUUUGCCCAGGUUGGCUUGAUUGGGCCGGACGGCAGCAGUAACGGCACCGAUCGGCUGAGGGCAAGCGAGCAGCAGGUGAUGAAGCUAAAGCUAAAGAAAACCAGGGUCAAGGAAGAGCUGUUGACGAUCGGACAGCCGCUCCCUGACCAGGGUACAUGCAUACACUAUCGAAAGUCCAAGCGCUGGUUCCGGUUUUCGUGCUGCAACAAACUCUACAAGUGCGACCAGUGCCACGACCGCCAAGAGGACCACCCGUGCGAGAUGGCAAAGCGGCAUGUGUGCGGGCUAUGUUCAAGAGAACAGGCAAUAGGACCAAAGCCAUGUGCGUGUGGCCAUGAUUUUGAUCGUGAUCAUCAAAAGAGCGCUUUCUGGGAAGGAGGACAGGGAACACGGAAUCGGGAUGCAAUGAACCGCAAGGAUUCACACAAAUACAAGGGGAAGGCCAAGGUUACGUCAAAGAAACAAGAACGUGUGGGGAUGGCAGGCAAGGAAAAAUACCAGAAAAAGGAAGCAAAUGAAUAG